AUGGAUCGAUGGUAUAACGAGGAAAUCCCAGUUGCUGGUCAGAUGCGGCCAUCUUUUAAACAACAACAGCGUAAUUGCAAUGGAUCCCGGCUGGUGCUUUUGGUACUUCAGCGGAUGAUUGUUUAUACAAAGCAGCUACACUGCACAGCCCAUGAAUUGCUGCUCAUCCAUCUCAUUGAAGAAAAAAGCUGCAGUUGCUGGAAGAAACCGGAAUGCAGAAGCAACGAAGAAGCAUGA